UGCGUUAUAUAAUCUCAUAAUCAUUUUGCAUCUCUAAUAUCUGAACUGAUAAAAAACAGUUUGUCUUUGGGGUUGCGAUUAUAAUGUUGACAAGAUAAAUUUUAUUAUGCUUGAUAUAGUAUCUCUACUAUUACAAAAGGUUAAGGACACAAUAGAUAAUUUUCAUAAUAUUUAAUAAGGAAUCUCCUUAUAAAAAUACUCGAAUAGUGAAAAUAUGCAUCCGGAACCAAUGGAUAUUGAUAGUUCACGUAAGCACGGCAUCCAUUUUGUUAUUUGUUUAGUAAGAUGGCGCUGUGUUAUCGCAGGUGAGAACUAGAUGUGUUAUUAAUAUCAUCAUUACGUACCUAGAGUUUAACGCGUGUGAAGUGUGAAGGUACCUGCAUCCUUAUCAUUUUCUGGUGUGUGAACGACAUGACUGAUAGCAAAAUGGAACCAAAAGAAGAACAACAACAUUCGCCCGAAGAAAUAAAACCAAAAGUAGCCGCUCUUGAAACGGAUCCACAGCCUACCCAAAACAACGGAACAGGCGUUAUUAGAAGAAACUUCAUUACUCCGGCUGGAACUAUCAUUGAAUCAAACGAAGAACAACCUCCUGAACCGACUGCCGAAGAAAUUGUUAAAACAUCAGCGUCCACACCAAGUCCUGUCGAACAAAAAGUUGAACGUACAGAAACAACUACGUAUUCAGAAAUAUUAACGCAGGAGCAACGGGAACAAUUUCCAGAUACCAAACCGUACGCCAUAGAGAUGCCAGCUGAGAAUUUCGAAAAUCAGAAUUUCGCUCAAGACAUUAGUUACACAACUGUGAAUAUUGAAGGAAACGUUGUACCGGUAACUCUCUCAGAAAUCGAACAUCCUGGAGAUUAUGCCAACCUUCAGACUGCGCAAUAUAAUAACGGUUACGCUGAUGGUUCUCAAUACCUAGCUCAACAUCAGUAUCAAAAUUUGUUCAUAAACAGAAGCGAUGUUGAUAAUUCUUCUCCCACGGCGGUUUUAUACAGAGGCGAUCCCAAUUUAGCAGAUUCUAGAUACCAAGUAAACUUUGAAGUAUCCAGUACUCAACCCCAAGUGAACAUCCUCCCUUCUUCCGGAGAUUCCUACACCUACACCACCCCAGGAAGUUGGAAUGCUAGUAGCAGUGGUUCUUAUCAACAACAAUAUCCCGGAAACAUAAAUGUUCUUCAUCAAGCCGACAGUACUCAGUCGUACUCUGCUGGACAAUACGCAAACUCCACUUGGUCAUCUAACACGAUGGAGGAUGGACGGCCAUCUAGUCAAGAGGUACUAGUGAAAGAGUGCGUUAAUUGUGGCGCUAGCGUUACACCUCUUUGGCGUAGAGACGGUACCGGGCAUUAUCUAUGUAACGCGUGUGGUUUAUACCACAAAAUUAAUGGGGUUCACAGACCGCCGAUUAGACCAACCAAAAAACCACAGGCGACUGGAAAUAGGCGAAACGGAGUAUCGUGUGCUAACUGCAAAACUAAUAAUACUACCCUUUGGAGAAGAAAUAACCAAGGUGAACCUGUUUGUAACGCUUGUGGACUAUACUUCAAAUUACAUAAUGUUAACAGACCGAUCAGUAUGAAAAAAGAAGGUAUCCAAACACGCAAGAGGAGACCAAAAAGCUCUUCCGCUGGAAAUUCCGGAAACCCCGGUCAAAUGAGAAUUGGUCUUCCUCAGUAUCAGUUUCAACAUACUCAAGACAUAGAAAUACCCCAAGAUCAGUACCAGGUACCGAUGAGCGUUUACCAACAACCACAACCUGCGUAUAGACAAUUUGCAACAGACAGUCACCGAUUAAAGUAAGUUGUGCCCAACCUUUGCAGCCUAUAAGCGCCGAAGACGAGCAAGCCAGUGUCAUCACUUCAACGUCACAGCAAGCAAGAUUUAGGACAGACGUGGAAGACGAGGACGGAAGUAAUCCAUCAAUGCAAACUUAGAUUUUUGGGAAUACAUUGUUUGGAUAGUACUCUUUAACAUUAUUCCUAUUUAUUUCGUUUUGAUGGGAUUUAUAGGUUGACAUUUUGUCAACGUAACUGUUUUUUAUUUUAUAGUAGUCACUUUUUUUAAAGUACAGUCAAAAUUAGGCACUGAGGUUUUUAAAAAUGGUAGGGAACAAAUUGGAUUAAAAUAUCUAAAUAAAAAAUUAAUUGCUUUGUUAAAAAAAUAUUAGAAAAUUUGGAAUUUAUCCACAUGAGUAUGCAUUAAAUACUUUUUGUAACGAUGCAACUGUUAAGUUUAAAGGUUGAUUUUGGUUAUUCGGAUAAAGAUGAUCGGGUACUUUUAAAAUAAAUUAAAUAACUCAGUAAUGAAAACUUUUAAUGAGGCAUAUUAAACAUUUUGAAGAGUUAGUAGUACCUAUCUAGGGUGAACCCAUUUUAAAGGCUUAUAAAAGGUGUUUACAAUUGAAAUGUAACUUUGUUAUUUCAUAUGGAAAACCCCGUACCUAUAUUAGUAAGCUUUACACAUAAAAAUUAAAAUAAAAAAAAAAUAAGUGAAUUAGAAAUUUGAUCAGUUAUUGAACUAAUUUGUACAUUUUUGUUUUUCAAGUUAUAUUAAUAUUUUAAGUAAAUAUGCCAAAUAUUCUUAGUCAUCAGAAAUCAUACAGUCUUAAAAAUCUUCUUAAAACGAGAAGUUGAGAUAAUGACAAUUAAAAAUAAUUGAUUAAACAAAUAGGACGAGAUUAGUGAAGAUGAAGGAUAAAUAAGAAAAAUAAGUAACGAAACACAAGGCUGGAUAAAUAUAAAUUUUAUAAUCUAAAAAGCAGCCAAGACACAAAUACCUACAUGAUUAUUAGACCAAAUGAACAAAUACGAAUAAGUGACUUACAAAUAAUGAAAUAUAGGUUAAUACAGUGGCGCAGCCAGAAUUUUCUAUCAGGGGGAGGUAUUUAAAAAAUAUAAUGUUUUACCUAAUUUAACUUUUUCAAUUUCAAAAUCGUCUGUAUUUGCGUCUGGGUUUAGGGGGUUUUAACACUCCCUCGCUGCGCCACUGGGUAAAUAGGAAUACAUUGUAUCAAAUUAAAGCCCAAUAUUCAAAUGUGCCGAUUAUAUUGUAAACGAUAGGUAGUUCUUUUGAGGUUCUGCAAGAAAUAGUAAUAUUCUUGAAUAAUGAUUAAUAAGUUUCGUGAAUUUUUCACUACUACUUACUAUUGGUAUAAAAAUAAAAAAAAUUUCAAAUUUUCAUAAUAACAGCGUUCAAAGUAGAGGCACAUUUUAUUUUCUGGAUAACUAUAAUCUUUUAUACUUUAACUUCCUUAUGCCAUUUCGGACACUAAGAGUAAUAACAUUAUUUGAUAGUAUCUAUUUCAAAAUCUUCUUCUUCUUCUCUUUUUUUGUGACAAAUAAAAUUCGAGAUUCGUAGCACUUCCGGUAGCGUUCUUUUCUACGCUUUUCUAUGUCUGUUGUUGCAGCUUCUUUGGCUUGAUCUACAUUCUUUGAUUCUUAAAAAAUGCUAGAUUCUUGUUCUGUCCAAUAUCGCUUCUAUUUCCACGUCUCUUUUAAUAACAUUUCUGAUUUUAUUCUUUAUAACAUAUUCCAGCCUUUUCAAAUAUUACAUUUUACAAGCUUCAAUUUAAUAUUUCAUCUGACAUUUACGUUUUUCUGUUCCUGUCGUAUGGUUAUUAAUAGAUAUUGGUCUAUAUACAGUUUACUGGUAUCAUCAUUAAUUUCUUCAUGUGUCUGACAAUGGGCUUUGACUGUUAUUCCUAACAGUGUUGUUCAAUUUAAUUCACAUUGUUAUACCCUUUCAAAAUCACUGUAACACCGGCUGAUCUAAUGGGCAACUGCAAUUUCCCUUGCUCCUUGAGAAUAAUAAACCUAGGUUGAUUCCUUUGACUAAAGAAAUCAAAUGAAAAAAAAAAAAUCAGCCUACGCUGUGAACCCAGAAAAUUGUCUCCUCCCCUUGGAAAGGUUCUGGUUUCGCCCCUGAUAUGUAUUGAAACGGUCUAUUAUCUUCUAUUAUCUUCUAUUAUCUUCUAUUAUCUUCUAUUAUCUUCUAUUAUCUUCUAUUAUCUUCUAUUAUCUUCUAUUAUCUUCUAUUAUCUUCUAUUAUCUUCUAUUAUCUUCUAUUAUCUUCUAUUAUCUUCUAUUAUCUUCUAUUAUCUUCUAUUAUCUUCUAUUAUCUUCUAUUAUCUUCUAUUAUCUUCUAUUAUCUUCUAUUAUCUUCUAUUAUCUUCUAUUAUCUUCUAUUAUCUUCUAUUAUCUUCUAUUAUCUUCUAAAGUAAGACAGCUAGCGACAAAUUUAAAAUACAAAAACUUUAGGGUUUUUUAAAACGGAUGAAGUAAAGACAAAUUAAUUAUACAGGGUCAGUCAAAUACACAUGACGAAACAAAGUUUCGUUAUGUUUAAUGGAACACAUUGUAUAUGAUUCCUUAUUUCAAUUUAAUAAAAUUCGUUUAUGAAUUGAAAUAUGAAAUAAACUACAGGGUAGUUUAUUAAAGAAAAAUCAACUUUGUUUCCUUACAUAUCAGCGACCUUGUACCUAUAAUAACAUUUCCUAUACUCCUAUAGCCAUUAAUUUUGAUUUUUCAGUUUUCUUUUUUCUACAGUUCUUUUGCAAGAAUAUAGCUAAUUAUCUUAUCCCAAUGUCCUUUAUCUUUUGGUCACUAUUUUCUGUAUAUACUCAUCUAUACACUACAUUAAAAUUAUUUUAAUCAACAAAAAAUGCCAUAAGAUUUUUGUUUCCAUAUAAAUGGUUCUUGGUUCUAAUAUAUUUUAUUAUUUUAAUAUUUUAAAGCUCUCUAUGAUCUUUUGUUAUCUUACUACUUACUCUGACUCUUCCUAUUUUUAAAUGUAUCAUUACUACACAAACUAUCUUCGAAUUGCAUCAGAAGGCUUCAUUACUUAAAUCUUGUAUCCAAGAAAACUGAGCGAAUUUUUUUCUUCAGAUUUUUUUCGUCCAGAAAUAUUAUAAAAAUAUUAAAAUGUAUUUAAUAGUUAAAAGUUGCUUGUGUGAUUUUUAAAUUUUCCAAAUAUUACUAUUUCUUUAAAAAUCUAUAUUUUUUUAAGAAU